ACGAAGAACAAUCUAUAUAAACCCAAUCAUCAUCCCCAGAUGUCGUGAUCAACCCUUCCAAUUGCACAACAUCAGCAACUCUCAGAUCACUACCAAAAACAAACUUACAACCAAUCCCACCUUAGAUCAACCAGUCAACAUGCAGUUCACCACCGUCGCCGUCGCCUUCUUCGCCAGCCUCGUCGCUGCCCAGGACCUUUCCCUCCUCCCCGACUGCGCGCGCCCCUGCUUCGUCGACAACUUCCCCAUCUCGGGUUGUACUGACCAGACCGACUUCGCCUGCAUCUGCGCUUCCGCCGCGUACAACAGCGCCGUGACCACCUGCGUCCUAGGUGCUUGCCAGCUUUCCGACGCUCUUGCUGCCUCUACCUGGGCCCAGAACACCUGCGCCGCUGCUGGUGUUCCCAUCUAGAGUGUGAACUCGACUCGAAAAAAAUCCCACUCUCUGAAGCUGGUCACGGCUUAAAUCCGACGUGGAGGAGUUGAUGAGUGUAAGGGAGAUGGGGGAGGUAGGGGGGAAGUUUUUGUUGUGUGAAGUGUACAUAUUCAGUGUGUGGACCACAACUCCAACUUAGUACAUAUAUACGACGUAAAAUGAGAAAAAUCAUUGCUAG